AGUGACAUUUCCCAGUUGGCGAUUUUGUUUGGAUUGAGUCGGGUCGGUGAUUGAUUGGGGUCUUCAAAUAUUUUCUCUUUUAAAAUAAUUUAAACAAAAAACACCUUUAAAAUUAAUCACAAUGUCUAUUAAUUUGCGAACUGUGUAUGCAUUUGCUCGGGAAAUGUACCAAAAGAAAUCGAACGCUCGCAUACAGUAUGGAACAGCUGGAUUUCGUGGAAAUGCUGAUAACCUGGACAGCACAAUGUUCCGCAUGGGAGUUUUGGCCACUUUAAGAUCCCGUGUUCUUGGUGGUGCUGUUAUUGGAGUCAUGAUUACUGCUUCACAUAAUCCUGAGCCCGACAAUGGUGUGAAACUUAUUGAUCCCAAAGGAGAAAUGUUAGAUCCAAGUUGGGAAGUUAUUGCCACUGACUUAGCCAACGUGACUGACCAAGAACUUGAAGAACAGGUCGCCAAAAUAAUCAAGGAAAACAACAUUGAUGUCAGUUCAUCUUCAAAUGUCUAUGUGGGCAUGGAUAAUCGUUAUCACAGUCCACGUCUACUAAAGGCAGUAGCCGAUGGUGUUAUUGCCUUAAAAGGCAACGUUAAAGAAUUUGGAAUUGUAACAACGCCAAUGAUGCACUACUAUGUUGUGGCAGCCAAUACAAAAGGAGCUUAUGGACAGCCGACUGAGGAGGGGUAUUAUACCAAACUCAUAACAGCAUUUAAUGCGCUAAGAGGCGACAAAUUGGAAAACGGCAAUUAUAGGAACUUGCUAUUGUUUGAUGGUGCAAAUGGUGUUGGAGCUCGAAAAAUGUUGCAGUUCAUUAAGAGGAUGAACAACACACUGAAUGUAGAAGUAUUUAACAAAGGCGAUGGAAAAAUCAAUCAUGAAUGUGGUGCUGACCAUGUGAAGGUUCAACAAAAAGUGCCUAUAUGUAUGCCAAAAGCGGAUCCAAACACAAGAUGUGUAAGUGUAGAUGGUGAUGCAGAUCGGGUAGUUUAUUUCUUCACCGAUGAAAAUGGCACCUUCCAUCUACUUGAUGGUGAUCGUAUUGCCACUUUAUUCGCCGACUAUUUGAUGGAUAUGGUUAAAAAAUGUGGCCUCGAAUUAAAUUUGGGCUUGGUACAAACAGCUUAUGCAAAUGGCGCUUCCACUGACUAUAUUGUCAAUAAACUAAAAGUUCCAGUUGCAUGUGUUCCCACUGGUGUAAAGCAUUUGCAUCAUAAAGCUUUAGAAUUCGAUAUUGGCGUUUAUUUUGAAGCCAAUGGCCAUGGUACUGUCAUAUUCAGCGACAAUGCCAAAAACUUAAUAAAGAAAGCCGCUGGAGAGGGAAACAUUAAUGCCAAACAAUUCCUAUUGAUUAUCGAUGUCAUUAAUGAGACUGUUGGGGAUGCUAUAUCAGACAUGUUGCUUGUGGAAACUAUUCUAAAUCAUAAAGGCUGGGAUGUAAAAGACUGGCUGGGCUGUUAUGAAGAUUUGCCCAAUUUGCAAUUAAAAGUUAAAGUGCAAGAUCGUAACGUCAUUACAACAACUGAUGCGGAGAGAAUUUGUGUAACACCUGUGGGAUUGCAAGAAGCAAUUAAUGGCGCAGUAGCCAACUAUAAGCGUGGCCGUUCAUUUGUACGCCCAUCAGGAACGGAAGACGUUGUUCGUGUCUAUGCCGAAGCAGCAACUAAAGAGGAUUGUGAAAGCUUAGCCUAUGACGUCGGAAUUUUGGUGCAUAAAAUGGCUGGUGGUGUUGGUCCAGAUUUGGUGCAUCCCAAUAGUUGUGUAAAAGCUCACUUCUAAAAGCUCAUAGAUUUUGAUAUGUCUCAUAAUAUAUUUGCUGCCUGCCUUGAAAAGGAUAUUUUGUUAAACAUAAUUUUUUCAACUGACCGAUAAUGUUAAUCUCAAUAUAUAUUAGAGACGUGAUUUUUAUAUGUACGUUAGCUGUUUUUUGUAAAUUGCCGAUUGUGGUAUUUUAUUAUUGUAUUUUAGGAGAACACUUUUUAUUCAAAUGGUUAACAUAAUAUCAAAUGUUAGAUUUAUAAUUAGUUUAAUGCUGUUCACAAUAUGCUGAAUUUAAAUGUAUGUAUGUAUUUCUGUCAAAACGUAUCUUAAAAAAAUAUUUAUAUCAUGCAUUUAUAUACCACAAUAAUGAGAUUAUUUGAACUUGAAAGAAAAA